AAAUACUCGCAUAUUAUUAUCGAAGCAGUCAACAGACCGUAGCUUUCCGACUCGUAUUAUAUUGCUUAGCUUCCGCCCCAAUUAAGUAUCGAUAGAACGUGAUAUCCUUAGCCAGGAUGCACAACUUGAUCAAGAGUCGCGCCGUUUUUGAGAUAUUGAAGAAGCCGCUGCCCGAGCUGCUGCGUUUCUACAGAGAGAAUGAGAGCGAAAGCGACUGCGAGGAAACCGCGGCAGAUCCCGGAGACGCAGCAGCAGAAGCAGCUGCUGAAGCAGAAGCAGAAGCAGCCGCAGCCGCAGCCAAGCUAAAUGUGAACGCGAGCGUGUUUGUGCCGCGCUCCAAGGAUGCCAGCGUCGAGGCCGAGGACGUGCGUCUGGGCGAGCUGAAGCGCCACUUCGAGGCACUGGACGUGCGCAAGCCGACGCAGCCGAAGCUAAUGCUGCCCUGGAAGGGCUUUCCCAAGCCGAUACCUGCCGACCGAUCCAGCAAAGCGUCUUCGGCCCAGAGCAAAGAUCUGAGGGUUGCAGUCAUUGGUGAUGAGACAAAAGGCGAGGCCCGUCUGAAGCGCGCUCAACCGGACAAGGAGUCGUCCACGUCGCCGGGCAGUCGCAAGAAGCAGCUGAAAGAGCGUUCCCUCAUAAAGUCCGCCGUGCCGGACGAGAAGCGGCGCGAGCAGGAGCGUAAGGUGGCCCUGGAGGCGCUGAAGCUGGUCGAGCAGCGACGCAUGCGAGAGACCCUUGACCAGCCACAGAUCAUAGUUCAUCUGACACGUUCGCCCGUGGACUUUACGCCGGAGGAGCGCGUGCGUGUCAACCGGCUGCGCAUCAUCAAGCGCGAACACAUCGAGAGCGUGCUGCGCGAGAUGCGCGACGAGCUGGAGAUGAAGCAGCAGCAAAAGGCCGACGGCAUGCAGCCAGCCAGUCGCUACAUAUGCCUGCAACGCGCAGCCAAGCCCGACGCCCAGUCCACACCCCAGCCGGAGCAGCAGCCGCCGCCGCCGCCGGCGAGCUCAACACCGAAGCGUUAUAUACCCACGGUAAAGCAGUGGGACGAGCGCUGCAAGGCCAAGGCCAACGAGGCGGCGGCAGGCGCCAACAAGGAGAACAACAACAUGGCCGGCAGGACUCUGAUCAAGCUCGAAGAGAACGCAGCGGCAUCACAGCGUGCCAUGGGCCCAUCCAGCCAGGGCAACAUCAUGCACACAGCCACAGCCGUGGGUCAGAGCAAGCCGCAGCCAAGCGGCGCCAAGGAUCGCGAGCUCUUUGUGCCGCGCUAUUGGCCACCGGCUCCGCUGGUGGCCAGAGGCGAGCGGCGUCGCGGCAAUCUGACCCACGCCCGCAAUAUAACGCGCGCCUUUGCCAAUUGCGGCCUGCUGCCCACGCCGUCGCCCGCCUGGGAGGCGUCUGCCAAGGAGGACUACGAGAUGCCGCAGGUGGCGAAGAAAUCGGUGAAACGCUACGGUAUGGAAGAGCUGCUUCAAUUGGAGCCACAACCACACGAACUUGAGAAGCCCCACAUCGCUGAGGCACUCCAAAAGCUCGGAUUCAUAUGCGCAUAAUUGCAGCUACCGAGCCAAAUACCUUGCCCUUGGCUCUGCCUCUGUAUUUGUCCCUGUUUUAAGUUCCUUGUGUAUUCAGUUAGUUUGUUCUUGUUCAUGUUUUCUCCUUUCAACCAGUUGCAUUUCCUGCUGUUUAACGUUCAGCUCUUUGUCUCGGCUAAAGAUGAGCUAUAUACCAUUUAUAUUGAGCACCUCUGGAUUUGCAACUCAAUUAUUAUUAAUAAUAAA